UGCGUGCGUCGACUGUCAAACGCGCUCGACUGCCAUCGUACGUUUCCUCUCUGCGGAAGCAGCGCUGCCUUGCUUUGUUUUGGUUUUGCUUUUGUAAGUGAUGGAUCGUGAUGGGUAGCUAGCUAGUCAGAGGAGAGCAAAAUCGGCCAGUGUGUCCGCUGUACAGUGUUUAUUUGAAACACCAUUUUCAUCAUCGUACUUCGUUAUCCGCGGCAGCGUGAAAGUCCCGUCUCGGAGCGAAAAGAAAAGUCCCCCCAGGCCGCCGUUGGCGCAGCGUUUUUUCGCUUUUUUUCGGGAUAGUACCGUGUUUGUGCGUGCGUGCGUGCGUGCGUGUGUGUGUGUCUGUGUGCGCGUGUCUCCGUGUGUGGUGUAUGUUGUUGUUGGAACCGGGUGAAAAGCCACCUUUUCCAAUUUACCUGCCUCACCACACUCGCCAAAUCCCCAAAUCGACACACCAGCCAGCCACCAGUGCGCCAUUGCCCGUUUUGGCCGAUUGCAAGCCUCGUCGUCACGCCGUCAGCAGGCAAGCAGCCACUCCGUUCUGUCACCCAGUGUGCGUCGCCAUCUCGUCGAGCAGCAGCAGCAGCAGCAGCACGGACGCGUCCAUGUGUGCGUACGUGCGUUGAUAAAAUUGGCUAUUUACGCUUGCCCGAAUCGACGACGGGGGGUCUCGAUCCUGUCGAAAGCGCAGCACAGUUUCCUAGCAUCGGGAAGCUGUCGUGUUCACAACCCAUCCAUCGGUAGCAGCCGCAGCCUCGACCAUCGUCGGUUCGCAUCGACGGUUCCGAGGUGGCAUCAGUGGAGCGAUAUAGUGGAGCGUCCAUCGACUAACGGCCCCCGGCAGCAGGGAUCUGCACUGUUGCGUCGCAGAUUUGGCCCAAACCACCGCCACCAGCACCAGCCGCUAGAGCGACGAUAUCCGGCACUCCCGAGAUAGAGUAGCAGCAGCAGCAGCACCAUGGUAGAACGCAUUGUGGAGGAGUGUUGCGACGUGAAUUCCGAUCCAACCCGCAAAACCGAUGUCGCACGGUACAGCAGCGAGGAGGUGUCGGGCAACGAGUCCACCGAGGCACGCAUGCUAUCCGAAGCCGAACGGCAGGCCGACUUCAACCGGCACAAGGAGGAGAUGAAGCGCAAGCGGCGCCGAAAGAAACGCACCAGCUCAUCGAUGCAGUCGUCAUGUUUUCAAGAGCUGUACAAGCUGACUGGCGAGGUGCUGGGCGAGGGUGCGUACGCGUCGGUCCAGACGUGCAUCAACAUCUACACCGAGCUGGAGUACGCGGUGAAGAUCAUCGACAAAAUACCGGGGCACGCGCGCGGCCGCGUCUUCCGCGAGGUGGAAACGUUUCACCACUGCCAGGGGCACCCGAACAUCUUGCAGCUGUUAGAGUUUUUCGAGGAUGACGAAAAGUUCUAUCUAGUGUUCGAGAAGAUCAACGGCGGGCCGCUGCUGACCCGCAUCCAGGAGAACGUCUGCUUCUCCGAGUACGAUGCGGCGCAGAUCAUCAAGGAGAUCGCGUCCGGGCUGGACUUUCUGCACAAGAAGGGCAUCGCCCACCGGGACCUGAAGCCGGAGAACAUCCUGUGCGUCUAUCCGGACAAGCUGUGCCCGAUCAAGAUCUGCGACUUCGAUCUCGGCUCCGGGAUCAAGUUUACCACCAACAUCUCGUCGCCGAACGCCACGCCGCAGCUUUUAACACCGGUCGGUAGUGCCGAAUUUAUGGCACCGGAAGUUGUCGAUCUGUUCGUCGGUGAGUCGAACUACUACGACAAACGAUGCGACCUGUGGUCGCUGGGCGUGAUCGCGUACAUACUGCUGUGCGGCUAUCCGCCCUUCUCGGGCAACUGCGAGCAGGACUGCGGCUGGAACCGGGGCGAGAACUGUCGCACCUGCCAGGAGCUGCUGUUCGAGUCGAUCCAGGAGGGCCGGUACUGCUUCCCGGACAGCGAGUGGCAGGACGUGAGCGAGGAGGCGAAGGACCUGAUCCGGGGGCUGCUGGUGAAGGAGGCGCCGAAGCGCUUGAGCGCCACGGCCGUCCUGAACCAUCCGUGGAUUCGCAUCAGCGACGAUACGGAGUGUGCGGUCGGUGGUAUCAACUCGAAGGCGAACAAGGAGAAGCAGCGCCGCCGGGUGCUGAAGACGCCUGGUGUAAUUCGACGAAACCAAUCUGCGCUCGAGUUGUCCCACUUUGCCGAAUCGGCCAUGGCGGUCAAGCGCGUCAUCAUGCAGCACUUUUCCAUGCGCUACGACUAUAUGGCGAAGGAGCGUCCCAACAUCUAUCAACCGUCGUACAAUGGCAGUGUGGAGCCGGCGGCAAAGCCCACCGAGACCGUGCUACCGACGCUGGUGGUUGAGACAGGGAACGCACAGCCGCCGAACAGCAGCAGCAGCAGCAGCAGCAGCAGUGGUGUUGUGAAACCGUUUGUGCCGCGAACGGAAGAACCUAAUGGAGUCUGUGAUGAAGAUGAACUGUGUAAGGAACGGGACGAAGGGAUGGGAAUGCAACCAAUGACCACAAACCACGUUGAGACGGGAAAGGAAUGGGAAAAGGAUGAGGAGGAGCAGAAGGAGCUUAUCAGAGGUAGCUACCAAAACGUUUCCAUCGAUAGCCAGAACAUGGGGGCGGCGGCGGCGACCGGAGUAAAGGUGCCGACCAUCACGAUUGCCUCCGUUGCCGCCGGUAACGCCGAUGUGGCGGUGGGAGCUGCAACUAUCGAAAUAGUUGUGAACAGUACGUCUUCCGGAAGCGAGGGUGAUUGCACCUUCUCCAGCAAUACUAUUGCCGCGGGCCGCAGCGGAUCCGAUGAACGGGGCAGUAUUGUUGGCAGCGGCGGCGAGGCGGAGCGGAAGGAUUUUCCGCAGCAGGAGAAUACGAGUGACAAAGAAUUGCAAAGUUCUGAUCCACCGAAAAACAAUGCUGCCGGCGGUGGUGCACGUGAUGAUCAAGAUGAUGAUUCUGUACUGACUGGUGGUAAAGCCGUGGCCGAGGCUCGUGCGGACGAAGCGCGGGAGAAGGAGCUGGAGAAGGCAAAGGAAGUGGUGGUGGAAUUGUCUCCACAAUCGUCCACGCUCUCCUCCCCGGUGCGCAGUAUCGUCGGCUCGAAGGCAACCGGCGGCCCGAGGAAGGCCAGCAACGGUUGGGAUAUUCCGCCCGAGUCGAACUGGCGGUACCGGGGCGAGCAGCAGCAGCACCAGCAAAGUCCUUCCUCGUACGAGUACAACAGUCGCAGCCAGCACGCGCACGGCUACAAGUACGGUAGCUCGGGCUUCGGGUCGAGCUACAAGGGCGGCCGCAGCGGUCACUACCACUCACACCCGCAGCACCACCAACACCAUCACCAUCAUCACAACAAUGUGCAUUACAGUAACUAUCACCAUCAUCACAGCAGCAACCACCACUCGCAUCCACCGAUGUCGUCGACGGGGUCCUAUCGGCAGCAGAAUGGAUCCGGCCACCACCACGCCGGGUCGCACGGCGGCCACUACGGUAACAGCCACGGCAACCAUAACUACAGCAAUGGCAGCAGUAUUGCGCCUCGGUACGGACGCAUCGUGCGAGCAGGCGCCACCAGUAACGAACCGUUCGACGGUGGCUUCGAGGGCCGGUCGGGCAUGAUGGCGAAGCAGCAGCGCCAUUCGUCGCAGCAGCAGCAGCAGCACUAUCCGUACAGCCACCAUCCUAAUCACGGUUCGUCGUCGUCGUCAUCGGCAUCGCUGACGUCCUGGCGUGCCCAACCGUCGCCGGCGUACGGAAGCAACCAGCACCGGUACGGUGACGCGGCCGGAACCGGCGACGAGGCGGAAACCUACCAUCGGUACCACAAUGGCAACAACAAUAGCAGCAGCAAUGGCGGCGGCGGUGGCGGCAUGCUGACUGCGUCGCAGUCACACUACGGCAACGGGAAGAUCACCACCAACCCGAAUAACUUUAAUCACCAUCAGUACAAUCGCGGAGGAACCAAUAAUAAUGUUAAUAAUAAUACUAGCAGCGUUAGUAGCAGCGGAGGAAGUAGUCAUCAUCCGGCAAGGAUGAACGGGGGCAACACCAGUGGCCAUCCAAGUCAGUACCACCAUCAGCAGCAGCAGCAGCAGCAGCAGCAGCAGCAGCAGCAAAACCAUCAGUACCAUCACUACGCAGGAGUGAACAAUAAUAAUGGCUCGAACCAUUACUAUCACAAUGGCACCGGACGGGGAGGCGAUGGUGGUGGUAUGGGACAUUACAACAGCAGCAACAAUAAUCAUCAUUACGGUGCUGGCAAUGGUCAUGGUGGCCAACAGCAGCAAAAAUCGAUGCCAUAUCGUGCGGUGGUGGUGCAGCAUCAUCACCAGCAGCAUCAGCAGUACCAAAAUCAACGCUAUGCUUCACCAUCGUCCUACGGUGGGAUGCGACGCCCCACGCAGAGUCUGAUGAUCGAUGCGGUCGACGGUGCCGGCAUGAAAGGAGCGGCGGCCGGUCCGAGACGCGCCAGCGCUGGCCAGCAGCAAUCAUCACUACCAAUGCAACGGGCGUCUCCACCGCAACAGUCGCAGCAGCAGCAGCAGAGUAGGAGUAAUGUUAACUGUGAUCCAACUACAAAUACUAUGAAUAGAUAUAAGCUUUAUCAUUCUAACUCGACCACGAUCCUGAGCGCCCUCAAGCGGGAAACGCGCAACUACGGCUACCAGUCGAUGAUGGUCGGUGGCUUCGAGGGCCUGAACCUGAACGGUGGCGAUCACUACCAACCGGCCGACGAGGGCGAAGAGGCAAUGCUGGAGGAACCUCCGUUCCACCUGAUACCGCGGCGCAACGACGAGGCGGAGCAGCAGCAACAGCAGCAGCAGAAGCUGCAGCAGCAGCAGGAUGCAAUCGACAACAUCGACGAGGGCGUUUACAGCAGCAGCUCGAGCAGCAACACCAGCAGCCACAGUGGCAACAGCAUCAUCAGUGGCAACAUAGCCACCACUACGGUGGCCGGGUUCGGCGGCACCGGCGGCUCGGGCAUCCUUGCCGAGCUAGCGAUGGCCGACGGGCUGCCGGUCGGGCUUUCGCCACCGAACGAAAGCUUGCUAAUGCAGCGCCGCCUGUCGCUCAAGUCGCGCAGCCUCUGUCUGCCGGUCACGAUCGGUAAGGCAUCGCCGGCGCCGCCACCACUGGCCAUCAUGCCCGCCGUGGUGAAGAUGGUCCCUUCGUCGGGCGGCGAGUUUGAGGAGUGCACCACCAACGGUCACCAGCAGCGGGAGGAGGAACCGUCGCCACUGUCCUCUCCGGAGCAGCGCAGCGACGAGGAAGUGGGAGGCUGCCCAAUCUUUGCGGCCGCGCGCCAUGAUGCAGAAGGAUACUAUCCGUACUAUCCGCGCAAUGGUAGGGUCGGUACGACCGGCGUUACGACGACGCCAACGCUAACCAUUACUACGCACAGUGGCUAGGAGGAGGGGGAGAGGGAUGUACGUGUGCUCCCCGGGGGACGAUUCGCCAUCACUGUCGUCCCGUUUUCUACUUCUUGCUUUUUUAACCAUCAGCCUGCAGUCGACAGUGGACGGCGGAGCAGGGAAAGAUGAACGAAUGUGGAGGCAUGCUUUGUUUCCCGACUUUGUUCACUCUUUUCUUCUCCCACCGUCGCUGGCGCGUCACUGAACCGGUUUGAUUUGAUGCAUGCCUUGCCCCAACCCGCGCAUGCUUUGUUUUUGUCAACAUGGCAUUCUGUUUUGGAAUGCUGCGUACAAUUUGAUUGUGCAAAUAAAUUUUGGAAGAUCCCAUUGUGUGAACCAACUGAUAGGAUCGGAUGUAUAUUGUUUAGAUUGUUAAACUACGUCUUUAAGUCACCCCAACCAUCUUAAUUGGGCUUCAGACUGACAUAAAAUAUUUGAUGCUAUACGGAUAGAGUAACUAUUUACCGUAAAGAGAGAGAGAGAGAGAGAGAGAUGGAGAGAGAAAAAAACGUUAUUGUGCGUUCGUUUGAAGGAAGAGUGGAAGAAUGUGGGAGUGUGUGUGUAGUGUAGUGUAGCGAGAGGAGAGAAAAGCUUCUAUUGUGCUGAGAUUUCGAUAAUGCAAUAAAGGGAAGCGAAGCAAAGAGCACAGUCGGGAAUAAUAUUGUAAACAGGAUAGAUAUUAGAGGACAUCGUGAUAUCUUUACCUGUAUUUGUACACACCACGCACACAGGCCAAGCAUCGAUACUUUUGUAUUUAAUCUUUUUUUUUGUACUUUACACUUUUUUUAAACAAAAUUCUUGUUUUCUCUUCGCGUAUCAAUUUGUACUGGAAACUAUCACACAAAAUUGGUGGAAUAUUUGCAGAGAGUAAAGAAAAAAAAAUACUGCGAUUACGGGAAUUGUUUGAAUUUUGAAAUUGAAUCGAAUUGGAAUACGAAAAAUACAUACGCGUAUCUGUGGACUAUUUUUCUCCCCUUAUAUUGUUUUGUUUUGGGUUUGCUCUCGCAGGAGUAUACUGAAAUAUACCUGCGAGUAUAGUAGAUGUUAGUAAAUAUCAUUCGAACGAACGACACAAUAAAAUCAAGGGAUGUUGCUCCAGUGGUGCAGUCGAACGCGGGCAGUGGCCUAGGGGUUGUAGAAAUAAUGGUUAGCGUUGCAAGCGUCCGUCGUCCCCAUAUAGUGUUAGUAUUGGAUAAGGUCCUACCAGGUAGGUGGGUCUACCAGAUCGUGGUCGAAAAUUACUAUACAACAAAAAACGAAAAGCGAAAAGAGCAAACUUUGUCAAACGCGCAUACACUCGAAAAGGAACCAUCCAAACUGUCGAAAACAAAAAGAUAGAGAGAGAGAGAGAAAAACAAAACAAACUCAAACCGAAAGCCGCCGCCUCCUUCCGCACACUCCUCUCCGCCUGUGCUGAAAACAGUGGUACGCGCACGAUGUUGCUACGCUCAGAGUGAUUCGUGUAUUUCGAGACGAAACCGUCGGCGCUGCUGCGUAGCUUUAGAGGACGCGCUAUGUAGAGUGGUGCGCAACCAUUUUUUGUUUGUUUUUGUUUGCGCACAUAUCUCUCCCGUUUGUCUGUCGGGCGACUACCGGUUGGCUGCAAGAAGCGGUCGGUUUAUUUUUACUCUUUUUUUUUUUUUUGGGCAAUGCAUUGCUUGUGCACGCGCGUGCCCCAGCUUCUCGCAAGUAGUGUGGAAGUAGUAGCGUGUGGCGCAUAGUAGCAGUGUAGUGUAAUGGCCACAGGGGGCGGGAAGUUACAAGAGACAUACACGCUGGGCGGUGAUGUGAUGUGAUGAGCGAGAAGGAGGCGCAGCAGGAACACAACCACGAACCUACCUUCUUUAUGUGAGCGCGGGGAGCACAGGCUCUUGAGGAUGUGAAUACCGCGAACGCGACAACACGAGAGCAGUAGAGGCAGAGUGUCGACUAGUGAUGAGAACGACAAGUGAAGUGAAGUGUUGUAAUCCUUAAGAAGAACAAAACAUAAAAAAGCGGCACUAAAACAUGGCAGAAAUAGGGGAAAAGGGAACAGGGAAAGCCCGAAACCCGAAAACAAAAACAAUAUUGGGAAAGCACAUGCUCUUGCAAUAUUGACAUAGACGGCAGAAGAAGAGAGGUGUCCGUUAAUUCCUGUACGCGCACUUCGCCAUUCUCCUCUUCCAUUGUUGGGUAGAUGUUGCUACAUUUUUAAAAAGAACACUGUUGUACAACCCGUUUUGACCAUGCGUGUUGUACUGCAACGCUGUGUGGGUGCUUUUCUUUCUUUCCUUUUUUUAUUUUUUAUUGUACAGUGUACAUCUUUUUUGUUGUUGUUUUAAAUGUUAAAGUAAAAAAGGAACGAAGGAAGAAACGCGCAAAAAAUGAGCGAUUUUUUUUUGGUGUGUGAAGUUGUUGGGAGGAAGAACUGUGAAGCUGCUUGAUUUUUCUUCGGGAAAAAAGCGAUACAAAAGUGAUGAAUGAUGUUGUUUGUGAACAUUGAACGUCCAGCUAAGGAAUGAUGCGUAUAAAGUAGCAUCAUGUUGAUGAUAUUUGCAUAAGCUUUGCUAAUGAUGCCGUAUGUUAUUAGCAGCUUGAAACCCCUCAGGAGGCGUGAGGUUAUUUUUUUAUGAGAAAUAUAUUGUUUUUUACCCUAAUCAUUUUUUAAAAAUGAAAAUGUAAACCAAACCCCCAGCAGCAACGGCAUUUUGCAUUUGAUCCCCUUUUUUUUUAAUUCUUUUCUAAAUCAGUUCUUUUGUGAGUUAUCAUCCAGUGUGGAUGAUGAAGAAUCGAACACUUCCUCUCCCAGUUAACUUACACUUACUCACUCACUCACUCACAUCAUUAAUUGUUAAGAUAACUGGUUUUUUUCCUCAUCUUAACGUCUAAAACAUUCGCUUUCCCUUUUCCUAAAUGGGCUUACACUACUAUUGUUUUCCCUAUCACAAACAACGCCGUUCUAGUAUUAAGAAGUUUCUAACGAACGAGAACUUAGAAGAUCGGGGAUUAAGAGAGAGAUAGAGAGUGAGAGAGGGAGAAUAAGAAGCAUCUCCAAAAACACCACCACCACCAAUGAAAGAGUGAAAACAAGAGCAGCAUACGUGUGUGCGAGGUUUAACUCGCAGCAAUUAAGAAGCAAUAUACGAAGUAAUCUUACAUGAAGACGAAAAUCAGUAGCCCGUAGCAACCCCCUUUACCCUUUACUUCCGUUGCAACCGGGUCGGUUGCAGUAGGCGGGCCAGAACGCACACGACUGGGGCGGGAGAAACGCACAUACAGGACAAUGGUGUUUGUGUGGUUCAGUUGUGGUAAACAGAACGGCCAAUUACACUUCCCAUCUUUUGUGUGCCUGUGUGCCGAUCUAGUAGCCCUCCCGUGCCCGGAUACGACAACCUCUUCUCCUAUCCCCACUGUCUCCUAUUUCAUCUUCUCCCAUUGGAUAAUAAUAGUAUAAGCAAACAAACAAGGCGAAAACAAACUCCCCCCUAAACUUGCGCUUCUACAUUCAAACAACACGGACUUGUACCAUACCAAACAAAAUGGCUCUUUGUUCUGGCUUGUAUUACUAGUAACGUGCGCGAUUAUUGAGUUUAACAAAAAAGGGCAAAAAGAAACAAAAACAAGUAGGUGCAAAAACAAAAGGAAGCAACAAAACACACAAAAACAUUUGCUACAGAGACAUUGCUUUAGAAAAGUAUUAUGUCGCAAAAAAAGAAGAAAAAAAACACAAAAGACUGGUCUUAACACAAAAGCAGGAGAGAAAGCUACGAGAGAAAUGUGAGAGAGGAAGAUAAAAAUGAUGUUACAAAAAUCACAACAAAAAAAACUAACUAACGAUGAAGAGGAAGGUGUGUGGCCCCGUAAAUAUUUCAUGAUGCGUGAUAAGGGUGAUUGGCAGCGAUUCGUUUGGGGGAAAGUAAAUGAAGUAGAACGGGCGGGGGCGUAUACAAAAUACACAAAAUUGAUAGGGUUUUGCUUUGGUUUUUAUUUUGCUAGUAAAAAAACACACAAGGUUACAAGAAGUGUUGUAAAAAUUGGGAAAUUAGAAAGAGAAAAGGAAAAGACGAUGAGUAGCUAAAACAAUAGAAAAUGAUUAGCAGAAAUAAUAAUUGGUAGCAAAGUUAAAACUAUUUUUUGGCGUAAUAUUAGUGCGGUAAUACACAUUAAAAUUAUGUUUGUUUUAGUUUGGUCAAAGAAACGAAAGUAACGAGAAAUUAUAUAUGCACAAGGAAAACACCAUUUGGAGAUCGUACUCAAACAACAAUAACAACGAAAAGCUACAAAAAUCACAUGACCCACAAACACAAGUUGGCGAACAAUGCAGCGAUAUGCCGAAGAGGAGCGCUCAACAGCCACACAGCCAAGAUGAGUGAGAUAUGGAGAAAGGGAAGGUGGUACGCAAGAACACAACAAGUAUGUUUUGCGAGCAUUUGUUUAUUUUUGUUGGUUUGAUUUAUUGUUUAAAUCAAGAGUGAUAAGUGACAAGCAAGACGGAAGGAGAAAAAAGCCCCCCAAAACCUAUGAUUACUUAUGUCGUGUAGGGGGGGGGGGGGGGGGGGGGUUCAGGAAUACAGGAAAGGCCAAACGCAAAGCAAAGAACUAACGCAAUGGUACAAUACACAAACACAAACCCAGUAAGUGGAGUAAAAACAAAAACAAAAACAAAAAACAAAAUCAAACAAAAAAAUACACGAAAGACGUGAAAAGCAUUGAACAUUUAAUGUUAAGGGGGGGCGAUCACUAUUAGGAUUUCCCCCCUGCCUAACCCUCCAAGAAAGUUAAUCGAAGAAGAGAAGAAGAAAAAAACACUCAAGAAUAACAAACAGGAAGAAAAAGAAAAUGAAAAGGAAAGAUACACACAAAAAAAGAAACAAAACCACUAGAAGAGAAAAAAAGAAAGAAAAAAAUAAGAAACGAGAGAAGUAUAUAUUUUUAUGAAUUAUAAAACAAACAAAAAAACACAACACAACAAAACAAUUUGAAAAGAAACAGCACACUAAACUUUCCCAAACGGUACCCCACAGUAUAAGUAAGGGAGUGAAAGAGGGUGGCGUGAUGUUUUUGUAGGGAGAAAAUACGUACACUCACACACACACACA